AUGUCCUUCACCAAACGAAGGAGCGGGAGCUUUCGUGGACGACUCCCCCACCAUAUUGACGAAAACAAGUACCAUGGCAGGAACCACCCCUGGUUGAUCCCCAUUCCUGGCCUGGGUACGCGUAGGCUACUGCUUAACCCGCGCCGUAUCCACCAAUUCAGCAUUUCUCGGUUCGGUCGGAGAGUCGGUUUUGUUCUUAUGCUCGUUGGAUUGGCCUCUUCGCUGUUCGCAACAUUUACCCUGAUCUCUUUGGCAAAACGAAUUGGCACACGAGAGACGACAUGGCCUGCUUUCGUCCAAGAUCCUCCGACGCUGGUUUUCCGAAGGGCGGAUCUGCAAAGAAUAUGGAAAUGGGAACUGGCUAGUGGUCAUUAUCCGAGUCGUAGACGAGUACCCGAGCAAAUUUGGCUUGGCAUGAAUGAGAACAAUCCUGCACUUCCCCCAAGACGCGGCAUGCCUCCCCCCGGCUCUAUGGGCACCGUUAUACGCGGAGUUGGCGCAAAGCGGGUGUAUUUGGACCCACAGAGCAAAAACGUCGCGUUUCCUCCAAGACCCAUUGCUGGGAGCCUUGCUGAUCUCGACAUAGUCAUGGAACAUUGUGACUUUUCUAGCAAGAAGUAUGUGAGAGACUGCUUGGAGGUUCUACGCUUCGGUGGGGGUCUAGAUAACGGCAAACGACUGCGGAGGGGCAAAAUGGAUGAUUGGAAGUACAUAUAUCUGGAGCAACCGGAUUUGGACGCAACACCACCGGGUGAAUCGGAUGAACUACGAAUGGGUAUUACCGACAUCGCGAGAGAGCCAAUGAGCGACCCAGACAGCGGAUUAACGCGGAAGAAGGGAGUUGAUUGGGAGCCCUCCAUCAACGACCAGCUACCCCCUCCCCGCAAAUAUACUCAUGCUACUGGAGCUAGUCCAUGCGACCCGGAAGACCCACGGAUCUUUCACAUGUUCUGGGUUGGGCCGUUUACUGACAAGCCUUAUAUGGCUUUGAUGAGCUUUCUCUUCACGCAAAACACGGGCCUCCACCUCGAUGAUGAUGCCGACGACGAAACGAUAUGUCGACCUGUUUUCUGGCUUUGGAUCAACAUGGGGCCCGCGGCUGCGGUGCCCAACCCUUCUGCGUUGCACGAUAUGUACUCCCAGCUCAAAUCGAAUCCAUGGGCGGCCCCAUUUCUACACCCGCGUUUUCACAAAGUCAUCCAGUUCAAAUUAUGGAAUACGACCGAACAACUUGAUGGCGUUCCCGAGCUCCGCGACGAAUGGCGCUCUCAUGCAGACUCCCUUUUCAACUCUGGCGGCCAUGUCAUCAAUGUACCAGCCAAGGAGAAGGCGUCUUCCGUGGCCAGCGUCAAUGCAACCCAAGGGACUAAAUCCGAGGAGGACGAAAUGCUCAAGCGCAUGGGCUCCAAAUCAUCCACAUCCUACGACAGAAUGUCCGUUAUCUUAUCGGACAUGGCGCGCUUCAUUCUCUGCCAUCGCUUUGGAGGCAUCUAUCUAGAUGCCGACACAAUCUUGUUGCGUGACUGGGAAGAACUGUGGGUGAAAAUGGCAUUCGCAUAUCGCUGGUCGCGACUGGAGAAAUAUAACACUGCUGUGCUGCAUCUGAAUAAGGGAUCAGCACUUGGGACCUUUCUAUUCAGAACGGCCCUCAAGAAUGAUUUGGACUUCCAUCCUAUGACGGUCUCGCGGUAUCUCAAGGACGCGUACUUGGACGGGUUGUUGCUCCGUCUUCCUGAUGCUUUGUUCGACUCGGCUUGGCUGAACACCGAAUACUAUCAACGCGACAGACCUCCUCAGCCGUAUUUUACUGAUUUUGCGGACUUUUUCGACACACCGGUGUCCAUCAGUGCUGGGCCACAAUCUUUAGGCUUCGAUGGCUUUUUCAAGGGAGCAUAUUCUUAUCAUUACCACAAUUAUUGGUGGAAGCCAUUCGACUCGAUCCGCAACUGGCCAGACCUAGGACCGCGAUUUAUCGCUAUAGAGCGGAUUGCGCGGUCUAAUCUUCGCUCAGCAUCCAAAACAACCUCGACGGCUAGCGGAGCUGCAGGAGACGACGAUGAUUCCGCUACCUCAGAUCCAAGAGAUCUCGAUUGGUCGAUGGUUCUGAAAAGGACUUUCGAAGCGUAUAUACGAGGAGAACGUCCAAACCAAUACGGGGAAUGGUUGAACUGGGGCGAUCGGGAAGGAACAUAG